AAGCUGCGGGAGACGCAAACCUGCCUUGCUUGCAAAGGCAUUGCGCGGUUUGGCUCGCGGAAUUCUUUGGCUACACCAACCCUAAUGCUCGUUCUGCUUGCGUCAAUUUCGAUUUCGCUCGACGGGACUUCUGUCUAGUGGAGCUCUGUCGCUGCGAUCGCGCGUCUCGAAGUUGGACGUAGAGCAUCUCGAGCGCAAGCUGACACGAGUGCAUCAAGAUGAGUAGCAUUGGAACCGGGUAUGAUUUGUCGGUCACCACAUUUUCACCCGAUGGGCGAGUUUUUCAAAUAGAAUAUGCUACUAAGGCCAUCGACAACAGCGGAACGGUCGUGGGUAUCAAGUGCAAGGAUGGGAUUGUUUUGGGAGUGGAGAAGCUUAUUGCAUCGAAAAUGCUUCUGGAGGGAUCCAACAGGAGAAUCCACUCAGUAAACCGUCACUCGGGGAUGGCUAUUGCUGGGUUGGCUGCCGAUGGCAGGCAAAUUGUUACUCGUGCAAGAGCAGAAGCUGGAAAUUACUUGGGCUUUUACGGUGAAGAAAUCCCCACCAAAGAGCUUUGCGACAGAGUCGCUUACUACGUGCAUCUAUGCACCCUUUACUGGUGGCUCCGGCCAUAUGGUUCGGCCGCCAUACUAGGUGGUUAUGAUCGGGAUGGUCCUCAGUUGUACAUGAUUGAGCCCUCAGGUGUUGCUUAUCGGUACUUUGGUGCUGCAGUAGGAAAAGGGAGACAAGCUGCCAAAACAGAGAUUGAAAAGCUAAAGUUGUCCCAAAUGACAUGUCGAGAGGGUGUCAUUGCUGUUGCAAAGAUUAUUUACAAUGUACACGAUGAAGCUAAGGACAAAGCUUUUGAGCUAGAAAUGAGCUGGAUCUGCGAUGAAUCAAAGCGUGAGCACCAACGGGUCCCUGCUGAUCUUCUGGCGGAAGCCAAGGCCAUUGCGAAAGCGGCCCAAGAAGAAGACAUGGAUGCCGACUAAAGUAAUGUGGAAUCUGGGUGGUGUUGAGAAGAAGAAUGUCUCGCGGCUCCUGAUUCAGAUCAGAGGGAAAUAUGGUCCUGCCGACCAGUGGAUAGCUAAUUACGUCUGGGAUCUGCACUCUGAUUCGAAAUAAGAUGGUGGCAUCCAAUUGUGAGUUACUCUUAGUUUGUGUGCUGACUGACUCGAAUGCAUAGCAAGUGGUAGGAUUAUGUCGACAUGGUGACCCGAGCAUUCCAAAGAUAUGACGCUUACCUUCCCAUAGGUAGAAGCUGCUCUCAGAGGGUGCCGUUUCUUAUGUACCAUUUCGUUGACAUCCUUAUCCUCGGCAUUUUCAGGAGUUGCCAUCACUGCCCUCCUCUGUGGAUUUGUCCAGCACAAGAUGUAACUGUAUCAGAGGCCACAUUCUCAACAUUAAUGCAUUUUGUAUAGCAAACUAGGAAUCAAAUGUGAGUUUUAAUCUCACCAGUACAAAGCGAUUGUCCAUUUGAAAUUUAGAUGCCUGACGCAGUUGCUCAUGUUCUGUUGC